AUGUACCCAACACUUGCUAUGAGCAGCGAAGCCAGUUCUUCGUAUUGUGAUCUUGAUGAGACGACGAGGAAGCUGUCAAAGGCUGAACGACGGAAAAGACGACGUGCCACACCUAAAUAUCGCAAUCUACAUGCGUCACGAGAACGGCGUUGCAGUAUUCGCGUGGAAUCGUUCAACGUGGCCUUUGCCCAGCUACGGGCUCUUCUCCCAACACUACCAGUUGAGAAGAAGCUGUCAAAGAUCGAAAUCCUACGCCUGUCGAUAGCAUAUAUAUCGUAUUUGAAUAAGUUAUUGGAUUUA